UCUCAGCGGACGAUGAAGUUUUGCGAGCAGCUGGCCACGGUCAUCCCAAACGCCCACGUGUACUACAGAAAAGGUCUGCCGCUGAAGAGGAUCAUUCCUCAGUGCGUCUCCAGGGACUUCACCUACCUCAUAGUCGUCAACGAGGAUCGCCAAGUGCCCAAUGGUUUGGUUCUCUGUCACCUCCCUGAUGGACCGACGGCUCACUUCAAGGUCAGCAGUGUUCGGCUACGCAAGGAGAUAAAGAGACGAGGUAAAAAUCCGACCGCCCACUCUCCCGAAGUGAUCCUCAACAACUUCAGCACUCGUCUGGGACACUCGAUCGGCCGACUGUUCGCGGCUCUCUUCCCUCAGGACCCUCAGUUUGUGGGUCGACAGGUCGCCACCUUCCACAACCAGAGAGACUUCAUCUUUUUCAGAUUCCACAGGUACAUCUUCAAGAAUGAGAAGAAAGUCGGUAUCCAGGAGCUCGGGCCUCGCUUCACCCUCAAACUCCGCUCUCUACAGAAAGGCACCUUCGACUCGAAGUUCGGAGAGUACGAGUGGGUGCUGAAGCGCCAUGAGAUGGACGCCUGCAGACGCAAGUUCCAGCUUUGAAAACGCACCGACGUUCCCUGUGAGCAGAUCGGGAUUAUCCAGGAAGCUGCAGCUGUUUGUGGACUUGCACAGAUUGACUUUAUAGCAGACGACUGCUGGCAGCAGUUCAACUUGGAUGAGCUUGUGUUGCUGUCAAACUUUACCUGGAAAAGAUUUUUUAUAAAGCUACGUGCACGGUGCUUGUCUAGCUCUGGACUGAAGGUUGGAGAUGUGCCACUAGAGGAAAAAAAAGAAAACAGCAGCAACUUCAGCGGUAACUGGGACAUUUGCAGAGAGAUUCCCUGAAAACUCUGCUCUGUUCAAAGUUGUAUUGGCUACGGUCAGAGUGAGCUGCUCUGAGGGCUCUACUACAGCCAGGCUCUUUUAUUUGUAUAAACUUACUCAACAAAACCUAAAUUAACAGUCAGAUGGCGUUUAUCACCUUGUUAACCAGGUUUUCUUCAUCAGGAUCUGAUCGUCCCCCCAUAAAAGAAGGCAAAUCAUUUGGCUUCUGCACAAAACGAACCAAUCGUGUGCCUCCUACCUCAGCCGGAGGAACAGGUUGUUGUCAUGGAGAAAAUAAAUAUAUAAAACAUUAUUUGGGCUAAACAGAAAUGUUCCUGCAACUGGUGUAAGAGAGGAAUGCUGGUAGGCUAAUUGUCAAUGCAGCUCCUUAUUUCUAACCUAAAGCUGCACAUCAGAGCUCUGAAACUGUAAAUUUUAUUCAUUUAAAUGUGCAGUUAGGUCUGACACGGUCACAUAAUAAAGGAGACGUGAUAGUCACUUUCGUUUUGGCUCAAAUCUGAGUUAAAUUCAGGGUAAUUGAUUGAAUAUUCUCCGUGAUAGAUACCAGCAGACUGAUGGAGUUGUACCUACUGUAACUGCACGUCUUCGCUCAGUGGGAUUACAGCUCGGCCGAGAGUAUCGUUGAAGGGAGACGCUUAUCGCGGCCGAUUUAAACCCCAAAUACUCAACAGAAGGUAGCUGUGUGGCUUUAGUUACCAUGGUGAUGACCACCUUCAUGACACUGAAGUUGGGCUCGACGUACCUUUUUAAGCCCUCAGGUCACAAGUCUGGUGCAAACACACACCUGUUGCAUCCUGACCUGUGCGAGCGAUGACGCAGCAGCGAAUCAAGUGCAAAACUGUCUGAAAAUGAGUCUUAAAUUUCGUGCACACGGCAGCAAGAUUCUCAUCAUAUGUCACAGUUUUCUAAAUGUGCAUAUUCUUGUUUUAAUACAACCUGUAGGCAAUUUUAAAAUGUG